UGGGGGUACUGUCUGGUGGAUAAUUCUCCGUGUUUGAGGUAAAAGCCUCAAUAGAUCAGUAGAGUGGAUGUGGAAAAGAUGUUUCCUGUGGUGGGAGAGUCUCGGACCUGAAGACACAGCCUCAGACUAGAGGGGCGUCCAUUUAGAUCGGAGAUGAGGAAUUUCUUUCGCCAGAGAAGUUUUUAACAGAUAUUGUUUUCAAGAAUCAGCAGAUAAAGUAAUCAAAACUACAUACACCUAAAGAGAUGACUGAAAGAGUGAACAAUUUUCCCCCAUUACCAAAGUUUAUUCGUUUGAAGCCUUGCUUCUAUCAAAACUUUGAAGAGGAAAUUCCACCACAGCACUGCCUCCUUGUCAGGAGAAUUUAUCAUUUAUGGAUCCUUUACAGCGUGACCCUGGCAGUGAAUUUGGUGGGUUGCUUGGCCUGGCUGAUAGCUGGAGGUAGUGCAAUCAAUUUUGGCCUAGCCAUACUCUGGCUUGUUCUUUUCAGCCCCAGUUCGUACGUCUGUUGGUUUCGUCCAGUUUAUAAAGCAUUUAGGUCUGAUAGUUCCUUUAACUUCAUGGCAUUCUUCUUCAUUUUUGCUGCUCAGAUUAUAUUUGCAACUUUGCAAGCGAUUGGUUUCAGAGGGUGGGGUGCCUGUGGAUGGAUAGUUGCCAUUGGAAUGUUCUCUCAUAAUGUUGGUGCUGGAGUGGUCAUGCUCUUUCCUGCAAUUAUGUUCACAGUGGUAGCAAUCCUGAGUGCCCUUGUAAUUCUCCGUGUGCACAAAAUCUACCGGGGCAGUGGUGGAAGCUUCCAGAAGGCCCAGGCGGAAUGGAAUGCAGGCACAUGGCAAGGUGCCCCAUCCAACCAAUCAGCAUUUCAUACAGUUACUGGUAGUACUUUGCCACAGUAUCCCACAGUGCCAAGGUACCCUGGUGAAAACGACUGGUCCUAAAAAUGUGAACCUUCAUUUCAAAGUUUAUUUGCUAUAUUUAUGAUGUCAUUUCACAUUUCAAUUGCAAAUUAAUAUUUCCCAUUGUAAAUGCCUUGUAUAAUACUACAUAUUGAAGAUGUUAAGGCAUUGCUGACUGGAACUUGUUGCACUGCGAAAGCCUCAAAAUCAUGAACAUUAGAAUUGGAAAGUUACUGCAUUUUUAUGCUUUUAGGCUGAGGUUUCUUGAUCAGUACUAACUGCCAUUAUGUCAUACUUUAAAAGCGCAUUAGAUUGAAAUUAGUUUCAAAAUUAGUCUGGCUUUUAAAUGUUGACUCUCUUACUUUAAUCUGAUCAUCUUCAGAGAUGAACAACUUUAUCAUUCUCAACAGCAAAAUCUGGCCUAACGACAGAACCUUGACAUGUUCCACUAAAUCAGGGGACCCCUCAGUUAAUGGUAGGGGUCCAUGGCAUAAAAGAGGUUGGGAACCCCUGCACUAAAUAGAUUUAUUUCUGUGCCUUUUCUGUAUUUACUUUAUCGAAGGGACCAUGGUUAUCUUUGAGUCUCACUGUAACAUCUAUAAUUGCUGUAACUUUCCCCUUCUAAAAAUAAUUUGGGAGAUUAAGCCACUGCAAUCCAGUGACUAACUUGGGUUCCUUUUAAAACUAAUUAUCCUGCUGUUGAUGAUUUGAAUAUGCCUCUUAAUGUAUGAUGACUUGACCAUGGGACAGUGAACUGAUAUGUGUCACAAAGUCUCGUUACAUGGGGCACAAAGCCUGCAAGACGUAUCCAUGUUGCACUGUAGCUGAAUUACAUUUAUUAGAAUGGAAUUAGUUGUUAAUAGUUGAGAACUAAUAAAAUUUGACUCAGAAAAUGUGUCAAACCCCUUAAUCCAACCUCAAUAACCAUGAAUUGCCCUUGAAUUAUCUACACUAUUAUUGUCAACAUUAUCCCCAGGUACAAUUAUUCUCCUACCACUCUGAUAAGUAAGUUUCUUGAAUUGAAAUAGCUUAUCUUCCAAGUCAAUUUCUGCAAAUCUAAAGGAGAAAUUAAUCAGAAUCAGGUUUAGUAUCACUGGCAUAUGUCGUGAAAUUUGUUGUUUGGCAGCAGCAGGACAUUACAAUAUUUAAAAAUAAAAAACUCGGAAUUAUAAUGCAAAAUAAAACUGAAUAAGUAGUGCAAAAAGAGAGCAAAAGCAUGUAACUGUGUUUGUUGUCCAUUUGGAAGUUUGAUGGGGGAAGGAAAGAAGCUAUUCCUAAGACAUUCAGACAGACAGACAUACUCUAUUGAUCCCGAGGGGAAAUUUGGUUUCGUUACAGCUGCACCAACCAAGAAUAGUGAAGAAGUAUAGCAGUGUAAAACCAUAAAUAAUUAAAUAAUAAUAAGUUAAUCAUGCCAAGUGGAAAAAUAAGUCCAGGACCAGCUUAUUGGCUCAGGGUUUCUGACACUCCGAGGGAGGAGUUGUAAAGUUUGAUGGCCACAGGCAGGAAUGACUUCCUAUGACGCUCAGUGUUGCAUCUCGGUGGAAUGAGUCUCUGGCUGAAUGUACUCCUAUGCCUAACCAGUACAUUAUGGAGUGGAUGGGAGACAUUGUCCAAGAUGGCAUGCAACUUGGACAGCAUCCUCUUUUCAGACACCAGCGUCAGAGAGUCCAGUUCCACCCCCACAACAUCACUGGCCUUACGAAUGAGUUUGUUGAUUCUAUUGGUGUCUGCUACCCUCAGCCUGCUGCCCCAGCACACAACAGCAAACAUGAUAGCACUGGCCACCACAGCCUCGUAGAACAUCCUCAGCAUCAUCCGGCAGAUGUUAAAGGACCUCAGUCUCCUCAGGAAAUAGACAUGGCUCUGACCCUUCUUGUUGACAGCCUCAGUGUUCUUUGACCAGUCCAGUUUAUUGUCAGUUCGUAUUCCCAGGUAUUUGUGAUCCUCCACCAUGUCCACACUGACCCCUUGGAUGGAAACGGGUCACCGGUGCCUUAGCCCUCCUCAGGUCCACCACCAGCUCCUUAGUCUUUUUCACAUUAAGCUGCAGAUGAUUCUGCUCGCACCAUGUGACAGUUUCCCACCGUAGCCCUGUACUCCGCCUCAUCUCCCUUGCUGAUUCAUCCAACUAUGGCAGAGUCAUCAGAAAACUUCUGAAGAUGGCAAGACUCUGUAGUAGUUGAAGUCCGAGUUGUAGAUGGUGAAGAGAAAGGGAGACAGGACAGUCCCCUGUGGAGCCCCAGACCUACUGACCACUCUGUCUGACAGUGUUUCAAACGAAAGCGCAUUUACUAUUCCUGAGCCAGUUCUUCCUGCACACUCCUAAAACCCUCUAACUUUCUAAUAAUCAUAAUGGGGAUCUGAGUAGCCAAACUUAGAAUACCCAGAUCCCCAUCAGCAACCACAGAAUAUAAAAGAUCAUUAUUGAUUGAGAGAUGUAGAAUCUUUUUAAUAACCUCAUCAGUACUUAACAGUAUAUCUUACAAUAUCUUGUUUAAAAUUUAGGAAUAAUAAAUUAGUUAUUACAAGAAUCUUGGGCAGUUCAUGUUUGAACAACUUAUAGUCUGCCCUUACUUAGUAUACCCAAACAAUGAGUUAAUUUUGCAAUGUAAUCCUUGCUAAAGCUAACAAUCCAAGGAUCCUGAGAUAUUUCUCUGGUGAGUCCUGAUCAAUUAAAAUCUAAGUCUAUUUUGUUAAUUUUCCGUUCGUUUGCCUUCUUAUAAAUAAAGCUAUCAUUUCCAGCAGACAUACAGAAAGCAGCAGGCUUGCCAACAUUUCUGAAAACCCAUCUUUACACAGCCUUCCACAAUCCUGAAGUUGUGGCUCAUGCCUUUAAAUUAAAAGUAUAGCCGGUGACGGCAAUGUUAUCAACAAAGGCAAACCCCAACAGGACAUAUUGCAGUCAAUCAGAUUGACACCACUUUCAUCCCUUUCUACAAACAUAAUAAAAUGUCCAUUACACAGUUAAAUAGUGGAGAGCAGGAGUGGGAGUGAUCAUCUACUUUCCCUUAUAAACCUUAAAAGAUCUGAAACCAUAUAAAUAAAAGAUGGUCCAUUUUGGCUUUAAAGUCGAAUUUAUUGUCAUAUGCACAAGUAAAUGUAUGUGCAGGUGCAAUGAAACACUUAUUUGAGGUAUCAAAUCAAACACGUAAUGUCGUAUUACUUGCUACCCAUUACGCUGCUGGCAUUUAGGGCAGCAAUGAAGGUUCUCCAUCUCUGGUGGUGAUCAGUGCUUCCUUCAUGAUGUCAGUAGCUUCCUCUCAGAGACGCAGGAAUACCGUUGCACUCAGAUGUAAAAUGAUACUUCAUUGCUAUUUUACCAGUCAGGGUUGUUAGCCCUGAACUGAACCCCUGAACCUGGAGGACAGGUGGACCACUAUUAAUCUGGCCUCUGCCCUUUGACCUGUUUGGCAUGGGUGACACUACCAAAAGCUAAAGCAUAGAGCCCUGACUCUAGCUAACAGCUCUCCGGGUCAUUGAGGCACACAAGCCUCCAAACCCUCUGUCAAGGUUGUGGUCCUCUUGGAGGAUAGCAUUAUAUAAUCAGUUGGAUGCAAUUUUUUAUACACUUUAGAAUGAAGUCUAUUUAAGUGCAAUGUACUUAAACUAUGUGAAUGAUACCUGAAUCUCUGAAGUAUUUUGGAUUUAAUCACUAAUUUCAAAAAACAGUUUUGUCUGUGUUUUGGGAAAAAAAAAGACUUGGUUAACUAGAUCUCCUUUUAAAAUAAUAGCCUAAGUAAUAGAUGACUAGAUGCCAUAUGUUGAAUGCAUGCAUAUGUAAAAAUAUUGAUGCAUUACUCUAGAGCAGGGGUUUCCAACUUAGAAUCCACAGACCCUUUGGUUAAUGGUAGGGGUCCAUGGCAUAAAAAAAGGUUGAGACCCCUGCUCUAGGCAUUGCCCCAUUUAAUGAUGUAAUUCUGUAAAUCUAUUCUAAAUAGUCUACUGAAAUUCAAAGUAAUAGAAACAAAGAUUUUUCAAAAUAUCUAAUCCAAAUGGGACACAUAUUCCAAACCUCCAAGUGUGCAAUUAUUCUUUUCUGGAAAUAAAACGUGUUCAGAAUAUUGUUCAAUUUUCUAAUAUUAACUUCUGAAGUGUAAUUUGAUAAAUGUUAAAACUAAAUUGCCAUAAGGCAAUUACAUACUUUUGAUAUUCCAAAUAACUGCAUAAUUGGAAGAGAAUGUAAUUUUCUGCAUGUAACUAUAAAAAUGCUUUAAAUUUCAAAUGACAAAUAAUCUUACUAAUUUUCAGAAAUAGGUUAAAAUUUUGUGAACACUUCCAUUUUAUUUCAGUCUUGUCUCUCAUUGACCUUGAAAUAAGUGCAGCUUUAGACACUUAACAGCAAGCUGCAAGGGCAAAUUGUCUUCCUGAUGUUGACAGCAGUGCAUACAUCUGAACAGAUGCUUUUAACAGAGGAAGAUUGUCCGUGCUAGUUAGUCCUUUUUACAAUGAUAUAUAGAGGUGGGGAUAGGAAACGAAUAGACUAACAUGAAUAACAUGCACAAAAUGCAGGAGAAACUCAGCAGGUCAGGCAGCCUCUGGAAAUGAAUAAAUAGACUAAUAUGAAAGCAGCAUUGCAUCUAUGCUGUAUUAUAUUUUUAUGACACUACUUUCUGACAUUGCAAAGGAAUGGGUUACAUUAUAUUGUGCAUUUUGCAUUCCUUGUAGGUAGAAAACAAUUAGGUUUCCGUCAAAAUGCUCAGCAGCAACCCUGUGUAUGUUUUGGAUGUGCCUAUUUUCCUAAGUGCACUUACCUAUACUGUCAUUAUGUUAUAGCUGCCAAAGUCUAAUGGAUAGAAGUGCCUUAUAAUGGUGUUUCUAACUGAAAUUGUGCUGUCAAAUGAACACUGGAAACAGUGCAGUGGUCAGAAAAUGGCUGCUAUUAAACAAUUUCAUGGUAAAGCUUCAUGGUACAAAAUAACAAAAUUUCUUUCUAUUGAUCAUGAGGUUGCUAACAUUCUAAUGUCAGUGAAUCAUUUGGAAAAUUACAGCAGCUCUUGCUUUUUGGAUAUUUUUCCAAAUUUUUCUUUUGUGAAGGGAUAAGGUUUAAAACUGAAAUAUUUACAUUCUAUCAUGAGAAGUUUUCAAGAUAUUGGAUAUAAAUACUUGGUGAACAGAAGUAUAUUUUUACUCCUUUGAUACACUAGUGUAAAUUUGAAGAGAUGGUUAUGAGCUUUAUAUUUAGUAAUGCAUUCAAACAGAAUUUGAGGUAUUUUGAACAGAAUUUGAGCUUAGUAUAUGAUAAGAAAAUUGUAAGUGUUAUACACCAAGGAUGCAUUCCCGCCAUGAGGAGUUUGUACAUCCUCCCCAUGGCCACGUGUGUUUCAUCCCACAGUCCAAAGGUUAGUAGGUUAUUUGGUCAUUAUAAAUUCUCCUUGAUUAAAUUAGGAUUAAAUAUGGGGAUUGCUGGGUAGCACGGCUGGAAGGGCCUAUUUUGCACCAUAUCCCAUUAAAUAAAUAAAUUGAGAAUUCAGUAACCAGCAUUUACAAGUUUAAGUUAUCCCAAUUUCCUUUUUAGAUGUUAAUUAUUGUAAAUUAAUUAAGAUAAUUUUGUGUUAAUGAAUUUGCUUGGGUGUUUGAUAGAACCAAUGUGGAAAUAACAUGAAGUAUAGUUUGCUAAUUGCUAUAUGAGCUUUGUACUAUAAUAGGAAUUGGUUUAUCCAGUGUCUGUGUAAGUUCAUAAGAAAGAGGGGCAGAAUUAGGCCAUUUCCUUUUGCUUGGUCUGGCCAUUCAAAGCUGCUUGCCAGAGUUGUCCCAUUAUUUUGUGUUUAAUCUUAUAAGCAGAGAUGCUGAGCAGUUUGGAGAUGAUAGGGAAUGGGGUAAGGGCUUGAGAAAAGGCCUAUGGAUUAUUAAUAAUUCCAUGGAAAAGGGAUGUACUUAAAAAUAGUCCACAUUCCGACAGAUUUUGGGACAGAUUUUAAAUCUGGAAAUAGAACUAUUAAUGGAGAAUUCAGGAUUUUUAGUUUUUUUUUUGAAGAUAGAGAUUUUUCUGGAGGAUGUAGUUUAAUUUAGGAUGUGCUGUAGGAACACAAACUUAAGUAACAUUUUGUUUUGGUGUGAUUUUCAACUAUAUAUAAUGAAAAUUAUGUUGAUAUCAAAUAAUGAAGAGAAUACACAUUUUAAAAGCAUUCCUUGCUUCUCAUGAAAACCUUUAUUUGUAGAAAAGUAAAUGUAUAUUAAUUUUACAAACCUACUUGUUAAAAUUGAAGCCUGUGAGCUAAUCUUCUGAAAUCUAUUGGGAAUUGUGGAAGAAAAAUUAGUUUGUGUUGCUCUGGAUUUCCAGCAUCUGCAGAAUCUCUUGUGUUUAAGAAUGCACUAAAGAAUGUUUCAGCUUGUAUGCUUUUCCUAUUAAUGGGAGAUUGCAGUAUUUUGUUAGUAGAUUUUUGAAUCCAAGGUGACACAUUUUAUGUGUUAGUGUAAUUUCUUGUCUGCUGUAAUAACUUUUGUCAUUCCUUUAAUGGAUGACAUAUUCUGAAAAGUAGUUUCUGCAAAAAUAUAUAGAUAAGGUAUUUUUAAUGCAUCAGACAUUCCUGCAGUAUUUUAGUUAGUCUGACUUGGGUAUUGAUAGAAAACCCAUAAUGUAUAGAAAAGCUAACUGAAAAUUUCUAUUAACACUUGAAAGUUUACCAUUUACUUACAAUGAUAAGAAACAUUAUCAAUAUUUUCAAAACCUUAACACAUUGCUUCGCUUUGAGACCAUGUCAGUUUGAAUAGCUUUUUAAUUUAUUUUUUACAAUAUGUUUUACUUUGUGCAAAAUUAAGUGUUAGAAUUCUGAUUUCCUUGAUAUAAACAUAUUGAUAAUCCCGCAGUUGCCAUUGAUUAUUGCUACAAAAAUUAGACGUGUUGAGAUUGAAAAACUCUGUUUCACAAUGUCUAUAAUUACUUUUUGUGAAAAGAUUUUUAAACUAGUUUUGUUUAAAAUGCAGUAAUGUGUUAAUUACUAAUUUUAAAAAUCUGCCAGAACAAUAAUUCGUUGAUGAGUUGACCUUUAGGAAGUGUUUCUCUAGUUGUGAGGUGUGUGGACUGACAAUAUGAUGCUACCUACUAUUCAUUUAUAAUCUGUUUAACACUUGGUGGAGACAGACAUGUAGCAAAAACUUCCUGAACAGUACAUUCUGUCAAGUUUUGAAUCAGAUUAAUUUUCAAGGUGUUUUGUGAAUACUUCUAAUGUAUGGAGUGUAUAAUUCUAUUGGCAGAUAAUUGAUUCAUAUUACUCUAUUAAAAUUAGUUGCUUGUCAAUCUUAGAAACAAUGUGGCCUUUUUUAAAAACUUUAUUCUAUAAAAUGUAAUUUAAUAAUUGAAACUGAAAAGUUACUAAAACUUCCUUGUGUGCUGUUUUUCUGAACUGACAGUCUUACUAGUUUAAAUAUAUUUGAAGGUUCCUCUUAUGGGUUCUGCAUGUCUUGAAAUUUUUAUCUGUUGUGUAUGAAAUGUUAAAAGUAAAAUAUAUUGGUUCUCAUAAGUAAAAUGGAUUGCUUUAUUUAUAUAAAAAUGGUAAUAACAGCAAAGGACUUUGGGGGAAGAAUAUUUUAUUGUAAAGAUAUAACCUUGCAAUGCUAAUAAACUGCCUAUGCUAACUGA